GGUGAUCUCCUAGCAAACAGCUGUUGCAGCUGUAGAGAGGAAAAAGGAGGAAGAUCGGGAGCAGCAGCAGCAGCCCGAUCCCUGCAACAGGUUUGGAGCCCAGAGAGGAAGUAGAUAAGAGUUUAAGCGAGGUUGAUCCUGAAUAUGAUAAAUGCCUCCCUAGCAUUUCGGUGUAUUGGGUAUGAAAUCAGCCACAGUAAGUAACGUGGAACUGACAACUGAAACAACAGAGGGCAAGCCAGCCCAGCCUUUGAGAUCUCUCUGCUGCAAGACCCACGUCUGCUUCUUUCUCCUGUCAUCAGAGCAGGCAGAGUACUGAAAUGUGCAGUGCUCCCCCAUUCCUUGUAAAUGAAAGCAACUUGAAGGUGUAAAAGCACAACACACGGAAAGGACUAAAUGCAGCAGCAAGUCCGUUUCACAAAGCAGGCACCAUGGAGGCUAAGUGAGAUUCGUUGGCUGACACAUUUUACUCCAUAGGGCUUGUAAUGCGCCUUUGCCAGUUGUUAUCGAUAUUGGAGAUCCUACACAUCCUCAUUGGCAUUGAUAAAAGCCGUCUGUUCCCCAGGUUUUUGCAGAUCACUGAGAGAAUAGUUGUUUUAUUUGUCGUGAUCAACAGUCAGGAAGAAGUUCAAGGGAAAUACAUUGUGUGUGUUUUAUUUUUCCUUUGGAAUUUGCUAGAUGUGGUCAGGUACACUUAUAACAUGUUGGCAAGGACAGGAAUAUACUACCUACCACUGACAUGGCUCAACUUCUCACUGUGCAUCCCGCUCUAUCCCCUUUCUGUUCUGGCUAAAGCAUUUGCAAUUUAUGUAUCACUGCCUUAUUUUGAAUCCUUUGGCACAUACUCCAUCAAGCUACCAUUUCCAUUCGCCUUCUCAAUCUACUUCCCCUACGUUUUGAAAAUGUACCUGCUAGUGCUGUUUACAGGUAAGUGUCUCGUCCUCCUGAAAGCUGGGUCUCAACACAACUGGGAUGCCUGUGGCAGCAACAAUUCAGAUCAGUGUCGCUCCUUCCACAAACGGUAUGUGCUUUAUCAUCCAGAACCUCUUCUCUGAAAGGAAAGCCCACCUAGGGACAAGCAACAUCAAAAUGAAAAGAAGCUAAGUUGAUAUUUUGUUUGGAAAAAAGAAAUAUAUAUUCCCAGUGGACUGCUGCACAUCAUAGGUUAAAAAGAAUUUAGACAAUGAUUUUUCAAUGCAAAACUCCUGUUUGCACGUACAUUUUCUGGCCGUGUAGAAUUUUCAGAAAAGGCAGAUCUCUUCAACACACCUCAAAAAUGGAGCAGUUCAAAAUAACUAGUUACUUUUUAAAGUUAUGACUUCAAAUGGCAGGAGUUUUAAUGAAUAUAUUUUUUCUAACGUAUAUUACAGAAAUCUCAAAAAAAAAUUGAAGAGUGCCUGCACUCACAAUCACACCAACAACACUUACUUUGGUUUCAAUUCUUGCCUCAUUAGCAACAGAUAUUCUGUAAUGACAAUAACACAAUCUAUAAGAUUAUUUUAUAUUAGGCAGCAUGUAUGUGCCCUGUAUAUAUAUAUAUAUGCUAAAUGGGCUAGAACUGGAAUCUCUCCAGGAGGAGACGGAGCAGAAGCUGGAAACUUUGCAACCUAUGAGAUCCACAUGCUGAUUAGCCCCAGGCAUUCACAAAGGAUCCUUCAAAUUCUGGCCCAACCUUCACUUCUCCAAACAAGAUUCCAGAAAGUGCAGCUAAACCACAAAGGCAGGUAAUCAUCCACUACGUACUCAAGGGGAUAUUUAAGGGUCAGAAGUUAAAACUUAUGACCAUGUGUCUGGCAGACAUGAAGAAUCACUUUCAUCACAAUGAUUUUCUUCCAUGCUGAACAGCAGACAGACAAGCAAAUGAAGUGCAAUGUCAUUACACAGUCAAGCCAAAUACACUCUGUUCUUUCAAGGGAAGUGAAUGACUAUUAAAAGCCAUGUGCAAAAUUCUAGCCAUUUUACUCACGUGCGUCGCUCCUCCUGCUUCUGUAGGACUAUCUGUGACAAUGCAACUAGAACCUGGUCUCUUCAAAAGGCUGAGAAUGGAGAAUCAGGACAGCAACCCAGUGGCUUGUACAGACCAAAGUGGACAAGUAACUGCCUAGAGGCCCGUCAGAUGUUUCAUCCAUAUUGAUUAUGACCUACAUUUGAAUUCAAGCAGGUGGGGGAGAAAAGUGCAGCUAUUUUUUUGGGCUUGACUGAAAACCGGGGGAGGGGGGACAGAGAAUAGUUGGAGAGAAGAUAGUAUUUCAAGGGAAAACAAACACUAUUGUGAUAGGAAGAAGUGAGGCUGGCCUUGAUGAACUCAGUUGUUAAGAGAGGUCACCUACUAUCAUUUUUGUUAAUUUAAUAUACAUGGCAGACAAUACCUGCAGACUAUUGUGACCACUGGAGUGUUUGCAAAACCGUAAGCAUCAAGGUCAUAUAUACAAUAGUACAGGGUCAACCAUGGUUUGUUUGGGUUUGGUUUUUUUUUGAAAGCACUGCAAACAGAGGUAGGAAUUUGGAACAUUACAGAAACAGAAGCACUCCCACUUUGGACUUCCAUCUGACCCAAACUGAUUCAAGUGUGGACAACGUGAAGAAAUGUAUAGAGCAGCUGAAUAGGAUGGCAGCUUUGAAAAAUAAGAGCUAGAAGAACACUUCACAUCAAGCCGCUAUAUAACACACUAAAGGUGAAACAUGGACAUUUUUCCCUCUGGAAAUGCAAUCUAAUCUGUUUGUCAUCAAACUGCCUGGAGUUAACAUACCCUGCAGGAAGAAACAUGACAGACGAUAAAGUAUUGGGUCUAUGUGGCUAUGCAGCAGCUGUGAGAAAGAAGAAUAUGAAAAAUGUGAGAGAAACAGCUCUGCAGACACCAAGUUCAGUGGGGAAAGAGAAGAGGAGGUACUCCAAACACUGCAGCAGAUUCUCCUGCAGCACAUG